ACAAAUACAGUACUCAGAAUAAAAGAACAGGAGUCAUCAGUCUUUUUGAAAUUUUCUACCGUCAUUCACGGUAUCCAAAAACCCAUCACCUCACUUUACUGCGGUAAUUCGAUACAAAUGGUGACCGGGGAAGAUGCUUUUAUGAAAGCUUUAGCUUCAAGCAAUUGAAGAAAAGAAGCGUAGACCCCAUUAAACAAAAUACUAAAAAAUCAUGAAGUAGUGUAAUGCAAUGCAAGUGAGAAUCCUUUUGGGUCACAAGGAGGUGUGUUUCUUGCUUUCUUUGUCACUUUGGGAGGCUCUCUCUAUUUGAUAGAGUAAUAGCUCCUUUUACUUUUUCGAUUGCCUCUUCACACUCUCUUUUAUGUUCCUUGUUCCCCAAGUGGGACUUUUUUGCCUCUAAAACUUGACCAUUACAGAUUCACCUUGCACUACAUUGCGUAAAACCCUUUUGAGUCUUUAAUGCCUCUUUGUUUUUGGUCUGUUUUAACUGCAAUAUAGAGCUUCUUUUGAGUAGGAUCUUAGCUUGGCUGGAGUAGUGGGAGGAGGUCCUUUCGGAGAUUGAGACUUCUGGGUAUAAUUAGUUUGUAUUUUCUUUGUUGGGUAAGACUUUUAAGGGGUUUUUGUAUGGAGACUUGAUAUUGUACAAAGAUUUAUAGUACAUAGGUGGUUUCUUGGUGUGCCUGUAAGAAUUAAGAUAGAGAGAGACAGAGGGGAAGAGAGAAGCAAUGGCAGGGGGAGUAGGGCCUGCGCCGCCACCAAAACAGGACGAGUUACAUCCACACCCAGUAAGAGAUCAGCUUCCCAAUGUUGCCUUCUGCAUUACAAGUCCACCGCCUUGGCCGGAGGCCAUUCUACUUGGCUUUCAACAUUAUCUGGUGAUGCUGGGAACAACAGUUCUUAUACCCACCUCUUUAGUUCCACAAAUGGGCGGAGGACAUGAAGAAAAAGCAAAAAUGAUUCAGACACUUCUUUUUGUAGCUGGGAUCAAUACAUUUUUCCAAACCCUUUUUGGUACUCGACUUCCUGCUGUAAUUGGAGCCUCUUACACUUAUGUGCCCACGACCAUUUCCAUUAUCUUGGCCAGUCGAUACAGUGACAUUGUGAAUCCUCAGGAGAAAUUUGAGAAAAUAAUGCGUGGAAUCCAAGGUGCACUUAUUGUUGCCUCAACUCUCCAAAUUGUUGUUGGCUUUAGUGGUCUUUGGCGUAAUAUUGCAAGGUUCUUGAGUCCCCUUUCUGUCGUACCGUUAGUCUCGCUCUCUGGAUUUGGGCUAUAUGAAUUUGGGUUUCCUGUGCUUGCAAAAUGUGUGGAGAUUGGACUGCCAGAGCUAAUUCUUUUACUAAUAUUUUCACAGUAUAUACCUCAUUUAAUGCGUGGGGACAGGGGCAUAUUUGACCGGUUUGCUGUUAUAUUCUCGGUUGUGAUUGUCUGGGUUUAUGCUCACUUGCUCACUGUGGGUGGAGCAUAUAAGAAUACAGGACCUAAAACUCAACUCAGCUGCCGAACUGAUCGUGCUGGUAUUAUAGGCGCUGCUCCAUGGAUACGAGUUCCAUAUCCUUUUCAAUGGGGGGCUCCAUCUUUUGAUGCAGGAGAGUCCUUUGCUAUGAUGGCUGCUUCAUUUGUUGCUCUCGUAGAGUCGACUGGUGCCUUCAUCGCUGUGUCGAGGUAUGCCAGUGCAACUCCUCUGCCACCUUCUGUCCUCAGCCGUGGUAUUGGUUGGCAGGGGGUUGGCAUUCUCUUCUCGGGGAUAUUUGGAACUGGCAAUGGGUCAUCAGUAACAGUAGAAAAUGCUGGUUUGUUGGCAUUGACUCGUGUUGGGAGCCGAAGAGUAGUUCAAAUAUCGGCAGGGUUCAUGAUCUUCUUUUCAAUUCUUGGAAAAUUCGGAGCUGUUUUUGCUUCAAUUCCAGCUCCAAUUAUUGCUGCUCUAUAUUGCCUCUUCUUUGCCUAUGUUGGUGCAGCAGGUCUCGGCUUCCUUCAGUUCUGCAAUCUGAACAGUUUCAAAACAAAGUUUGUACUUGGCUUCUCGGUCUACAUGGGCUUAUCAAUCCCACAGUACUUCAAUGAGUAUACCGUAGUCAACGGCUACGGCCCUGUCCAUACAGGAGCAAGAUGGUUCAAUGACAUGAUCAACGUUCCCUUUUCGUCUGAACCAUUUGUCGCUGGCUUCUUGGCACUCUUCUUGGAUGCCACACUGCAUCAGAAAGACAGUCAAACCAGGAAGGACAGAGGAAUGCAAUGGUGGGACAAGUUUCGAUCGUUCAAGACCGACACAAGGAGUGAGGAGUUCUAUUCCCUGCCUUUCAAUCUCAACAAGUUCUUCCCAUCAGAGUGAGAUAUGAAGCUCAAGUCACAUGAAUAAUCUUUUCCUCCUUUUGUCAAGUGCUAGAAAACCUAGAGCUUAGAAGGUAACGAUUACUCGGAUUAGUAUCUGCCAUGAAUGAAUAUGGUUUUGUUCCACAGCACUGGUUCUAACAGUUUUCAUGUAAUUGUACUGCUCCAAAUACUGGAUUUAUAUUUUAAGUGGCAUUAAAUGUGUUUGUUAGGGCUUGUUGAUACUGUUCCUGGAAA